UAACCUCCCCUUCCUCUUCUUAUUCCCCACUCACCUCUCGUCUCCCCACUGACCCUCUCCGUGAAACCAACGCCCCCCCAGCGCCCGCCCGCGAGCGCGCGCGCGCACGAGAGAGACGAGACCCACCGCGAAUGGAAGUUGCUGCGGCGAAGCAACUCCUCCCCAUGGCGCGGGGGGUCCCCAACUCCCCGUCCUCCUCCACCUCCUCCUCCUCGCCCUCGUCCGCCGCCUGCGCCUCCCCGUCGCCGCGCCAGCAGUCCCAGGCGCCCGUGCCGCCGUCGCCCAAGCCCGUGCCGCGCAUCAUCGACACCACGCCGUUCCCCACCACCUUCGUGCAGGCCGACACCGCCAACUUCAAGCAAGUCGUCCAGAGGCUCACCGGCUCCGACACGCCGCCGACGCCGGCGGCGGCCCAGCAGAAGCCCGCCAAGAGCAGCCACGGCCAUCACCACCACCACCACCACCACCACCACGGCGGUGGCAGCGGCCUCGCUAGCGGUCCCAAGAAGCCGGCCUUCAAGCUCUACGAGCGCCGGAUCGGCAAGAACAACCUCAAGAUGAUCGCGCCGCUGGCGAUGGCAGCGGCCGCGGCCGCGGGCGCGUCGCCGAGGAAGGCGGCGCCGGAGGUGCUGUCGCCCAGCGUGCUCGACUUCCCGUCCCUGGCGCUAGGGAGCCCCGUCACGCCGCUGCUGUCCGACCCCUUCAACCGGUCGCCGCCGUCGGCGGGCGAGGAGGACGAGGCCGCCGAGCGCGCCGCCAUCGCGCGGAAGGGCUUCUUCCUGCACCCAUCGCCGAGGGCCGCCGCCGAGCCGCCGCGGCUACUGCCGCUGUUCCCCGUCACGUCCCCCAGGGUGGCGCCCUCACCCGCCGCCGCGCCGUCGCCGUUGCAGUGAUCGGGCGGGCACCCCGCGCCGCCGGAGAAUUCCUAGUACCGCGUGAGAAUACUUGUUGUUUAAUUUUAACUCCUUGGUGCGCUGCGUGAUGUAAUUUUUGCUCAUGGUAUUGGACUCUUGAGCGAUCGCCAAGAAACGGAAACAAAGAUCACACUCUUGAGCUUCUUCUCCUGGUGACCUCUGCUGUUUCUACUUUCUGCAUAAUCUGCCAUUGACGCUCUCCAUUUCCAUCAGUUACUCCACCAGAAACAACACCAAAAAAGCUUCCUUUUUGUCAAGGGCGAAACGACGCAUGCAUGAUCUCGUCGAAUUCUUGCAGUUUUUAGACGUCUUCCUGAUCUAGCAGUCUGACAGGGACGUAGUUCCCGUCGAGCAACUGUAAUUCUUAGAGUCACUGAUCAGCUCGAAACGAAGCUGAAAUAACACACAAAGGGAGAUGAUCUAUAGAA